AUGGUGGAAAAAGGCCCCGAUGAGUGGCUAGAGAGGAUCAAGAAUUGCCAGUCGUUGACCGAGAAUGAGAUGAAGCAACUUUGUGAAAUGGUAAAAGAACUCCUGAUGGAGGAGAGUAACAUUCAGCCCGUGCAGACACCUGUGACUGUUUGUGGUGAUAUUCAUGGCCAGUUUCACGACUUAUUGGAGCUGUUUAGAACUGCAGGUGGGUUUCCCGACCACAUCAAUUACAUCUUUUUGGGAGACUACGUGGAUCGUGGGUACUACAGUUUGGAGACUUUCACGCUUUUGAUGUGUUUGAAAGUCAAAUACUCUUCCAGGAUAACACUCGUUAGGGGAAAUCACGAAUCGAGGCAAAUUACUCAAGUAUACGGUUUUUAUGAAGAGUGUCUGAACAAAUACGGAUCUACAACGGUAUGGAAAUAUUGUUGUCAAGUGUUUGAUUUCCUUACUUUAGCAGCGAUCAUUGACGGCAGAAUAUUGUGUGUGCACGGUGGUUUGUCUCCAGAGAUCAGAAUGCUUGAUCAAAUUCGUGUUCUCUCCAGAGCACAGGAAGUUCCACACGAAGGAGGGUUCUCAGAUCUACUAUGGAGUGAUCCCGAUAACGUCGAAGCUUGGCAAGUGUCACCGCGUGGUGCUGGUUGGUUGUUUGGCAGUAAAGUGGCCCGUGAAUUCAAUCACGUUAAUGGUCUGAAUUUGAUCGCCAGAGCGCACCAAUUGGUCAUGGAAGGUUUCAAGUACCACUUUCCCGAGAAGGAUGUGGUUACAGUGUGGUCUGCACCCAAUUACUGCUACAGGUGUGGUAAUGUGGCCAGUGUCAUGAAGGUCGAAGAAGACCUGGAACCUACUUUCAAGAUCUUCUCUGCUGUGCCGGACGACUACAUCCAGGAAACUGCAGCUAAUCACAACAACCAGAGAGGGGGAUACUUCUUAUAG